AUGCACGAAGUCAACGCGGGCUACCGGCGGUACGUGCGGUGGGUGGGCAAUAUAACAAGCGGCGGCAGCGAGAGCAGUGGAGACCGUGGACACGGAGGCCCGAAAAACACCGUCCUCGUGGGCGGCGCGGCGUUCGAGGUCGACCGCCGCAUGGUGCAGGCGGUUGUCCGCCAGGGCUUGCAGGCCGACGCGGCACGGCUCACCGACCUGGGCGGGCGCUUUGCCCUGCGGCAGCACAACCGGCACUUGGUCGGCCACGAAACGUGUCCGGACCCAGACGGACGGUGCUGGCGCGAGCGGUACGACAUGGACACGGAUCCGCUGGACAUUUGCCCGCAGAAUGCGGCCGCACGGACGUUGACGCCGUGCUAUCGCGUGGUGGACGCAAUUUGUUUGGGAAUCAAGGCGUUUGCCGACGACGUAAACGGGCCAGUCACGGCGGCGUAA